AUGGUCACCCGCAACUGCAGCAGCAGCAGCGGCGGCGGCGGCUGCAACGCAGCCAAGUCGGGUUGGCGGGCGCGGCAAGAGCGCGGAGCCUCGCUCCGGGAAGGCGCGUCACUGGGGCGGGGGCCGCCCAGCCUGCAACUGCCGGCCCGGAGUCCGGACCCAGCCUCGCCGGCCCGGGAUGGACGAUCUGGUACAGUCUGCAAGCCUCUCUCGCCCAAGACGAAGGAGCCCGCCCCUCCACCCUUCUCCUCCUCCAGCGGGGUGCUCGGAGCUGGGCUUUGCGAACUGGACCGGCUUCUCCAAGAACUCAACGCAACCCAGUUCAACAUCACCGAUGAAAUAAUGUCCCAAUUCCCAUCCAGCAAAAGUCCUUCUGCAGACAAGGACAAAGAGAGAUUAGACGAUUCGACAGACGGUACUUCUCUAUCCCGGUCAACAAUGUCUCCAUCUGUCAAGCCAACGGCCACCUCAGCAACUCUGGAGCUCGACAAGCUCAUGGCUUCCCUGUCGGAUUUCCGCGUCCAGAGCAAUCUUGAAGCCAGCUUGCCAGCUCAACAGCCGGUGGUGUCAUCUGUCUGCCCAGGCCCUACUGCGGUGUCUCCUCAGAUGUCCCCAGGCCAGCCCAGUGGGAACCUGGACAGCAUGCUGGUGAUGCUGGAGUCGGAUCUCAGCCGCCAAGGCAUUUCCACCACAGCCAAGGGCCUGUGUGCGUCCUGUCAAAAACCUAUCGCUGGGCAGGUGGUGACCGCCCUGGGGAGCACCUGGCACCCGGAGCACUUUGUCUGCACCUACUGCCAGAAGGAGAUGGGGGGCAGCAACUUUUUUGAGAAGGACGGCGCCCCCUACUGCGAGAGAGAUUACUUCCAGCUCUUCUCUCCCCGCUGCGGAUUCUGCAACGAACCCAUCCUGGAUAAAAUGGUAACAGCGCUGGAUAAGAAUUGGCACCCGGAGCACUUUUGCUGCGUCCAGUGUGGGCGGCCCUUCGGGGAGGAAGGCUUUCACGAGAAAGACGGGAAGCAGUAUUGUCGCCAGGACUUUUAUGAGCUCUUCUCCACUCGCUGUCAAGGGUGCAGCCAGGCCAUCUUGGAAAAUUACAUCUCGGCUCUCAAUGCCUUGUGGCACCCAGAAUGUUUUGUUUGCAGGGAAUGCUACACCCCGUUCAUGAAUGGCAGCUUCUUUGAGCACAGCGGGCGCCCGUUCUGCGAAAUCCAUUACCACAAGCAACGCGGCUCGCUCUGUUCCGGCUGCGAGAAACCCAUCACCGGCCGUUGCAUUACCGCCAUGGGCCGGAAGUUCCACCCGGAGCAUUUUGUCUGCGCCUUCUGUCUCAAGCAGCUCAACAAAGGCACCUUCAAGGAGCAGAACGAGAAGCCCUAUUGCCACCCCUGCUUUAUCAAGCUCUUCGGGUGACUGGGAGGGGCCCUGGCCUUGCUGUGGUCAGGC